AUGAAGACACAGGGGGAUUCGGAUAAUCCCAGCUAUAACUGCCAAGCAUACGAGUCAGACAGCAGGACAGAAAGGAAGAGUUCAGAGUCUUCUCACAGCCCCAGCCCUGCUUCUCCAGCACAGGAUCAAAUUCAUGGGAGAUAUCCUACAAGCCAAGGAAUCCACUGUGGCAAGAACAAAUUUAAAGCAUCUUUCAGUGCUGAAAAAUUCAGACGGUACAGUUACGAGGAAAGUACUGUAGGAAAUUAUGACAGGUUUCUCAAGAGCAGCAGAAACCCCUUUCACCCUUACAAGAGGCAGAUCAGCGAAGAUGUCUUCCAGGAAGCACAUCAAGCCCUCCCACCAGAAGGUUCACCCUUCAAAAAUGCUAGAAGCAUCGAUGGUUUUGAGGGUCUACCAGGAUCUACAGGUCCUGAUGAGUCAGAGUCAUUUCCUGCACACAUUCCAAACAUCUCCACAGAACAACCAUGGUGUAACAGCAUCCAAUACGGCACCACAGGCCAAGAUCACGGUUCACAAGUCAUGCAGGAUUCAGACAUCAAGCUUAGGACAUCCCCACUGGAAGGGCAGCCUGGUUUGUAUUGCUAUCAGCCUCAAGUGCAGCAGAUGUAUUGCCCCUCACAUCCUUUCCAUCAGUAUCCCUCAGGAGGCAGCUAUCCUGUGACUUAUAUUACUUCUUCACACUACCCUUACCAAAGAAUUGCUCCUCAAAGCAGUCAAGAAUCCCAGCAGCCUCUAUUUCCCAAACCCAUCUACUCCUACAGCAUCCUGAUCUUCAUGGCACUCAAAAACAGCAAGACAGGGAGUUUGCCAGUCAGUGAGAUCUACAAUUUCAUGACGGAACACUUUCCUUACUUUAAGACAGCUCCAGAUGGCUGGAAGAAUUCUGUACGCCACAACUUAUCUUUGAACAAAUGCUUUGAGAAAGUUGAGAACAAGUCAGGCAAUUCUUCUCGGAAAGGCUGUUUGUGGGCUCUGAAUCCAGCCAAAAUUGAUAAGAUGCAGGAGGAGCUUCAGAAAUGGAAGAGGAAAGACCCAGUUGCUGUAAGGAAGAGUAUGGCAAAGCCAGAAGAACUUGACACACUGAUAGGCGACAAAAGUGAAAAGCUGAGAUCUUCAAUCAUGUCCUGCAGUCCGACUGGUGUUGCAAGUGCAUCCCUUUCCAGACAGAUGGCAGUCCAAUCCCAUUCCUUAUGCGAGCCCUCUCUUUCCUCCGGUAUACCACAGCCAUUACAUAGUAUCCACGCAUCAGGAGCUCUACAUGUCAAGAGUCCAUUACCAAAUUUGCUCGGGGGCCAACAGACUGCGUGCUAUACAUCACCACAGGGUUUUCCUCAAAUCUCAAGUACAUUAAUGCAACAGUCACCUGAUCCUCAGACCCUGUUUCCUUCUGGGGACGCUCAAAGUGAACUCAGAACUCAGCCCAGCAUCACCCAGGAUUCUCCACUGCCGGCUCAGACCCCCCCCAUGUGUGGUGUGAAGAUGCUGACAGAGCACUCUACAGCGAGGACAAUGCAGGACACGCUCAUGCAGGAAGGAGAUCUCAGCAAUGAUAUCGAUGCUCUUAAUCCAUCCCUGACUGAUUUUGAUCUCCAAGGAAAUCUUUGGGAGGAGCUGAAAGAUGACAGCCUAGCUGUGGAUCCCUUAGUUCUCAUUUCAUCAUCCCCAACGUCUUCCCAGUGUUUCCCUUCUCACUGCCAGAUGGAUAACAGCAGCAGCAACAACGUCAACAUCCAAAACGGAACUCCACACAACAACUUACCCGACCUACAGCUCACUACUCUUUACUCUGCCUUUAUGGAAUUGGAUACAGUGUCUCCUGCCUACCUAAGUAAUUCUGGAUCCAAACCUAUAGCACUAAUGUGA